AUGGGUGAGGAUGAGCUGCGCAGAUGCAUGUCUAUGGACAGUCUGCGGGAACACUACAGUCAGGCUGCCGCGACGGAAAUCAACAAGUACAUAAGUGAUUUUAUGGUGUAUUUAGGCAACUUUGGCAAUAUCAGUUGUUCAUUUUCUAUGAAAGCCAACCAGAGGCUCUUUGUUCUUCAAUGCCCACUUUUCGUCACACCUCCUCGAAAUGACAACACUGGAGCCCAUGAGGAAAAUAAGGAAUUCCCUCCCCUAUUUGUUGAGGUUUAUUUUCCUCCAAGGUUUCCAUCUGUUCCACCAUGCUGCAGCGUAAACUCCACAAACUACAAAUAUAGGAAUGUCGAAAAGUGGUCCAUACGUCAGCCAUCGCGGAUCGUUACAUCCAACGGCUCCGUAAAUUUAUCAGAGCUUUCCUUAUUAAGUGGUGCCACCCCGCCUUACUCGUUGCUGGAGAUACUGUUGGCGCUGACAGAACAGUUUGAAAUAGAAUUUCCUCUUAUCCCUGCAAACCAGGUGGCCCAGAACAAGGCGAACACUCAAACUCAGGGCCAUCGGCGUCCUUCAACGAACACGUCCAGUGAGCAGCGAAGUGCUCUUGAGCGACGGGCAGCUGAAUUAUUAAUGCUACAUCUACUCUCCAAGGCAGAAGGAUACCUGGACACCCGUGAGCAAUCCCUCAACCAAUUUGAACGUCUAUAUCGAUGUGGCGGAGCUAUGCGGGAGGCACGGGGACUACUUGAGGAAAAAAAGACUGAGCUGCUUGCAUAUUCACCGGCAGUCGAUAAGGUGGAAGAUCUUGUUGGAAGAUUAACGCAACUUCCAGACAAAUUGGAGGUCCAUUCCACAUGCAUUGAGCCCGUGGAUGACCUACAGACGCAUGCACUUGAACUUCUUAGCGAGAUUCACGCCUUGGAUGAUGCUCUGGAGCUCCUUGAGAGAUCUCUUAAGGCUGGGCAGCUCUCUUGUGAGGAGUAUGUGCGGCGCGUGUCGGACAUGGGUCGGAAACAGUUUGAGGCGCGGUUUCUUUUUGCACGCGUGGCUGAGGCUGUGAAUCGCUCUUUUGCCAAAACAGCUCAACGCUUGCCAAGUAUUCCUCCGCGAGUCCACUCGAGACCCGUUGUUGGAGAUGAACCCAUUAAAGUGCCGACGAAGUUGAACAGUUUGGAUUUGUUACUAAAGGAAUUCCCGGAGGUGGGCUCAGAGAUGGUGAAGGCUGUGCUCAACGUUGUCGACGGAAAUCUCUCAGAUGCCCGCGUUCAGCUGAGGGCAAUGCUAUCGUAA